UCAGGCUCCGUUAAGUGCUGAGUGAUGGAUCCCUUCGUGACAUCCGUUAACGGGAUUUCGCACACUGAAGCCCCGCAGCCCCGGGACCCCUUCGCCGGUCCGCUCAGCUCCAUCGCGCCCGGGGAUCACAUCGUCCUGGCGUGCCUGAUGUUCACCGUGACGUCCCUGUCCCUGACCGAGAACUUCACCGUCAUGCUGGUCACCUUCAGGUUCAAGCAGCUGCGCCAGCCGCUGAAUUACAUUAUCGUCAAUCUGGCCGUGGCGGAUUUCCUCGUGUGCCUCAUCGGGGGGACCAUCAGCUUCCUGACCAACGCCAGCGGCUACUUCUUCCUGGGCAGGUGGGCUUGCGUGCUAGAGGACUUCGCCGUCACUCUUUUCGGCAUUGUGGUGCUCUGGUCCUUGGCCGUCCUUGCCUUUGAACGCUACUUUGUUAUCUGCCAUGCGCUGAAGGACGUACGCUUGGACAACAGGCAUGCUGCCAUGGGUCUGCUGUUCGUCUGGACCAUACCCCCUGUGUUCAGCUGGAGCAGCUACACCGUCAGCAAGAUUGGCACCACCUGCGAGCCUAAUUGGUAUUCCACAGAAUGUUCUGACCACACCUACAUCAUCACCUUUGUUACCACCUGCUUCAUUCUGCCUCUUGGCGUCAUCAUCGGCUCAUAUGGCAAACUCAUGCAGAAGCUGAGGAGGGUGUCAAACGCACACGGGGGGCUAGGAAGCGCGCGGAAGCCUGACAGUGAGGUGGGCCGCAGGGUCAUCGUCACGAUCGCUGCCUUCAUGGUGGGUUGGACUCCGUAUGCCGCAUUCUCCAUUGUUGUCACAGCAUGUCCCAGCAUCCACCUGGAUCCAUGCCUGGCUGCUGUUCCUGCCUUCUUCUCCAAGACCGCUACAGUCUACAACCCCAUCAUUUAUGUCUUCAUGAACAGGCAGUUCAGAAAAUGUCUGCUCCAGCUCUUUAAGGGCAACAGCGCUGCCCUCGAAUCGCACUUGAACCCCACUUCAGAUCAAGCAGCUGGAACUGCAGAUAGCAAACUGGGCGAAAUGUUCACCAUCACAGCGCGGGUCCCGAUAUCUGGCAGUGGGGCGAAGAGGCCUGAGGAGGAGCAGAGCGAGGGCAGCAGCAACACCUCACAGUCGGGCCUCGGCAGCAGAAUAUAUCCUGUCUAGGAUGGAGGUCCCUCCCAGCAGCGACUUGAACCUAACAGUAUACAGACGCUCCCCUACUUCCGAAUUUUCCGUCGUGUUUUUCAAAACCAUUUCCUGUGAUAUCUACAACCUGCAAUUCCAACGCCAGACGCUUGGCCUUUUAGGAGCUCGGUCAGCGGCUGACUGUGAUUCGGCUUUUAAAGCUGACAUGCAUUUUCACUUGGCAACCUAACAUGACGUUUGUAACUGUAAGUUUGUAACUGUGAUUUACUUACUUUAAAGACCUGUAUGUCUUAUCUUCAACUUCUUUCAUUGUAUAAUCUUGUCUUGCCUGUAUUGCAUACCUGCAGCCUGGUGUGCGUUUGUUGUAUGUUCCAGAACGUUCCUUAACUUGUCUGGUCUGCCACUCUCGGCCCCCUAACAAAUCAUCGUACUCAUUUCACAGCAGG